AUGUUUCAAGAUGGAUUACAAGAAGAUAAACUCAAUGACUCUGAUAAUAUCUCAUUAAGUCAAUCUUUUUCAAGUAGUCCGAAAAAACCAAGUACACCUGUAUCAAGACAGACUGAAAAUGUAUCAAUUGUUGAUGAAAGUUUACAUGAUGAAGAUGCUUGGAUGCCUAUUUUAGCUGUUGUUAAGGCUGAAAUUGAUGCACUCGAUGAACAAGAUCGAGCGAAUUCAUUAACUGAGAGAUAUUGUUAA